AUGACUACCUACAUACCUUCGUUGACGCUUCCGAACUUCAUGUUCGACAAUCCUGCUGUGGCUAUUCUGCUCCCUGUUCUUGCUGGCACCGCCGUCGGGUUUUCUACUAGACCAACCGAAACUCAGAAACUCUAUCUAGCCCUCAAGCAGCCUCCGUUCAACCCUCCUGGUUAUGUCUUCGGUCCAGUGUGGACUGCGCUCUAUGCGACGAUGGGUUAUGUAGCCCAUCGGGCUUGGACCGCAGGGACAACUUCCAUCAAUUCUGCUACUGUUAGCCUCGCCAAACAAGGUGCUACCCUCUACACUAUUCAGCUUGGUCUUAACCUUGUCUGGAUGCCUCUCUUUUUCAAGUUCCACCGACCCAUUGCUGCGACAGUUGACAUACUUGCAUUGGGAGCCACAGUCAGCUACCUGGCAUAUACCUGGGGUCAGGUCGACGAAACAUCCGGAUGGUUGCUUGCGCCCUAUCUAGGCUGGUUGAGCUUCGCGACCUACCUUUGCGUCGGAGCAGGCUAUCUCAAUAACUGGGACUUCACGUCAGCAUCCAAAAAGCAGAACUAAGAAUUCUAUAUUACGGUUGGAUACAGCACAAGAAAACAUCUCCGUAGAAUGAUCGGAAAUUAAAUCGGUAACAGUAUUACAUACAUGUUCAUUAUACCUGAGAAGCGUAUCCUCGGACUUAUGUCAUACUACAGCAUCUGUACGCGAGCCGUGAUUCAGAACGUUCUGGAUUUCCACGCGGCCAAAUCCGAAUCCAGCACGUAUGGGCCUUAGACUAUGUGCCUAGCAGGGACGUUGAUGACAAGUGCGUCGUACGAAAGGUACACGUACAUUGCAAUGUGCUCACGUUUCUGGACUACCACCCGAGCGAGUACGUAUGUACAUGAAUGCACAGUCUCGCGAUCCACGGCCAGUGCCCAAUAUCUUUUGCAAAAACAUCCGCGUUUACAGAAUGACAGCCAUGAUUGUGCGCAAAUUGCUGCGGGGUUUGGGUG